CCCUUCCCGGGGUGGACCAGGUCUCUUCAGUUGGUGGCCCGACCCGCUUGUUUACUUCUGGCGCGGCACCGCCCCCUUCCGAGUACCCGCGGAAGGAGCUGGAGCCAAGCGCUGAACCCUCCGCGCGCUGCUGCAACUGUUCAGCGGGGGGCAGAGAGCGGGACGCAGUGGUCGGGGGGAGAUGUUGGCAGGCACUGCAGAGCGUAGGCGCGACCUAGCAGAGGUGGGAGAGGAGGGCUCGGGCUCACCCCAGCCUGCGCCCCCCUCCCUCCAUCGCUCCCGGUCACGCUUAGUCGAGACCGCCUAGGCAACGGGGAUCCGGAGAGCGCAGGCCCAGCCCCAACCCUCCACGCCCACUUCGGUUGGGACUGGAGAGCGCAGGCGCACAGGAGGUGGGGGCAGUGGGGAGAGCGCGCUGGCUGGCGAGGCGUGAAGCGCUGGAGCUGCGGGUCUCCGGUAGGGAGGCGAGGGUACUUGGGCUGCAGCGCGCAAGCGCAGCCGGUCUCGGCCAGGGGCGCGCGCUGCUGCGGGACUCAGCACGCAGGCGCGCGAUCCUCCCCACUAAGGGCAAGUGCCGGCCGGACAUUCGUGCGCAGGCGUCUCUCGGGGAGCGGAACCCUGGGGGUGGGCCCCGGAUUUCCGGUCUCGGGUGCAACGAACGGCCGCGGCGGCGACAGCUACUGCUUGAGCGGCUGCAGAGGAGGAAGAAGAGGAGCUGGGCAAGGCCGGAACCUCUGGCGGGAACUCUCGUAAUGGGUCCGCGGACCUAGACCUGUGAAAGCUACCGGCUCGGUGCCGAGCUGCCCCACAGGAGACAGGAUCCGAAGCAAAGUUGAGCUGAUUCGAUACCUGGGUCCUUCGUGCGACCUCACCCUCUUCGACUUCAAACAAGGCAUCCUGUGCUAUCCAGCCCCUAAGGCCCAAUCCUUGGCUCUCCCCAGCAGGAAGCGGAAGAAGCCUUCGAAGCCUGUUAAAGCUCGAAAAUGUCAGGUUGGAUCCAAGAGGGUUGAGGUCAGAAAGGAGGCCCCAGGGGCUAAAACCAAGGCUGAUGCUGACACGGCCCCAGCUUCGCUCCCUGCACCUGGGCACUGUGAGAACUGUGGAAUCAGCUUCUCAGGGGAUGGUACCGGAAGGCAGCGGCUCAAGACAUUGUGCAAGGACUGCAGAGAGAAUUGCUUUCAACCGGGAGCAGAGGAUGUUUAAGCGUGUGGGCUGCGGAGAGUGUGCAGCCUGCCGGGUAACGGAGGACUGCGGGGCCUGUUCCACCUGCCUCCUGCAGCUGCCCCAUGAUGUGGCCUCAGGGCUGUUCUGCAAGUGUGAGCGGAGACGGUGCCUCAGGAUUGUGGAAAAGAGCCGAGGGUGUGGAGUAUGCCGGGGCUGCCAGACCCGAGAGGACUGUGGCCGUUGCCGAGUCUGCCUUCGCCCUCCCCGCCCUGGUCUCAGGCGCCAGUGGAGGUGCAUCCAGCGGCGCUGUCUACGACAUCUUGCUCAUCGCCUGCGUCGCCACCAUCAGCGAUGUCAACGACGCCCUCCCCUAGCUGUGGCUCCCCCUGCUGGUAAGCGUAGCCGCCGCAGGGGAGGCUGCGACUCCAAGAUGGCUGCCCGGCGGCGUCCUAGAACCCAGCCACUACCUCCGCCUCCUCCACCUCAGCCUCCAGAGUCCCCAGAGCUGCACCCCAGAGCCCUGGGCCCCUCAUCACCUGCUGAGUUCAUCUAUUACUGUGUAGACGAGGACGAGCUACAACCUUACACAAACCGCCGGCAGAACCGCAAGUGUGGGGCCUGUGCAGCCUGCCUGCGACGGAUGGACUGUGGCCACUGUGACUUCUGCUUCGACAAGCCCAAAUUCGGGGGCAGUAACCAGAAGCGCCAGAAGUGUCGUUGGCGCCAAUGCCUGCAGUUUGCCAUGAAGCGCCUGCUGCCAAGUGUCUGGUCAGGGUCUGAGGAUGGGGCAGUGUCACCCCCACCUUACCCUCGUCGAAAGAGGCCUGGAUCUACUCGACGGCCCCGUGUGGGCCAUACCUUGAAGACACCCUCGGGCACGCCCACAGCCCGACCAAACCAAGCCCAGACUCCAGUGAAACAGGAAGCAGGCAAUGGCUUUGUGUUGCCCCCGCCUGGCACUGACCUUGUGUUCUUACGGGAGGGUGCAAGCAGUCCCGUGCAGCCUUGUUCCGGGAAGCUGGGACCAAGUCUGCUGCAAUCCUCCUUCACACAGGGGGCCCAGUGCCCUGGCCUGAGUUGGGUUGUGGUCUUACCCCAGGUGAAGCAAGAGAAGGUGGAUGCUCAGGAAGACUGGACACCAGGCAGAGCCAUCCUGACCUCUCCCGUAUUGCUGCGAGGCUGCCCCAGCAAGGCAGUAGACUCAGGCCUGCCACGUGUGAAGCAAGAGCCACCUGACCCUGAGGAGGACAAAGAGAAGAGCAAGGAUGACUCAGCCUCUGAUUCGGCCCCAGAGGAGGCAGGAGGGGCUGGCACGCCAGUGAGAGCCAAGCCUCCCGAAAGCCAAAGGGCUGAGCAACAACUGGAAAGAAUCCUACGCAACUAUCAGAAACAUCAUGCUAUUUUGGAUUCCAUUAAGUCCAUAGAGCGGGAACGCUUGAAAGUUGACUGGUUCCAGCACAAUAAUCGCAAAUUUGUGGGCAGUCUUGUGAAAGCAAGAAUGAAGGAUGCCAUGCAAGGAUUUAUCAUCAACACUGAAGAAAGACGAAAUAAGCUCCGUGAACUUUUAGCAUCAGAAGAAAAUGAGUAUUUUACUGAAAUGCAAUUGAAAGAAGAAACAAUUGAAGAGAGAAAAGAAAGAAUGAGAUAUAAAACCAGAUUAUUAAGAGAGAAGAAAGAAAAAGAGAGGCAAGAUUUUGUGGCUGAAAAGCUAGACCAGCAAUUCAGGGAACGCUGUGAGGAGCUCCGCACUGAAUUGCUUUCUAUCCAUGAGAAGAAGGUGUGCGAGGAGCGGAAAACACAGGUUGCGUUUAAUGAGGAGCUGAAAAGGCAAAAACUGGUGGAAGAGCAGAUGUUCUGUAAGCUCUGGGAGGAAGACCGAUUAGCCAAGGAAAGGCGAGAAGCGGAAGAGGCGAGGAGACAGAAAAAGCUAGUGGAGAACACACGGCUGGGGCUGAAUGCCCAGCUCACCGACAUCAACGCGAGAAGGCAGGCAGCGCAGCGGCUGAAGGAAGAGGAGGCGCGCCUUGUGGAAGAUGAAAGAGCUCAGGUGAAAUUUGAGAAUGAGCAGGAUAAGCUAAACAAACAGAGGACAAAACAGAAACUUAGGACCACUUUGCAAAAAGCCCUCCAAGAGAAGAUAGAACGUCUUCAGCAGGAGUACAGAGAAGAGCAGGACUUGAGCACGAAACUCGUGCAAAUGGCGCAGCAAGACUUACAGGACGAGGCUGAUCAAAACAAGCAAAAAAGAGAAGAUAGGAUAAAAGAACAGAAGAUAUAUCGUCAGUAUUUGGCACAGCAGCGUGAGGAAGAAAAUGCUCAGGAAAAAGAAUUGGACAGAAUAUUAGAAGAAGAGAAGGCAAAGCAGUGGGCGGAGAAGGACAAACAGCUGAAACUUGAAAAGGAGGCAAGGAAACAACUUAUGAAUGAGGUCAUGUGUACAAGAAAACUUCAAGUUCAAGAAAAAUUGCAACGAAAAGCGAAAGAACUGGAAGAACGUGCUCUGGAAAAGGAGCACAUACAGGAAGGUCUUAAAGAGCUUAACCGUGAAGAGGAGGAGAAUUUUGUAAGACGCUCCGGGUUAGCCCAGGAGUACCAGAAGGAGCUUCAGAUGCAAAUGUCCUACCAGCAGCAGGCCCGGGAAGCACAGAAGGAAGAGGAGCGCCGGGAGCUGGAAGCAGGGAGAGCGGCAGACAAGAGGUGCCAGGACAAGAUCCGGGAGCUCCUGUGCCACUCCCGAGUGCAGCUCCGAAACGUCCAUCCCAUGCGGAGGGCAUGCCCUGCGAAGCUCCCACCGUAGUUUCGUAAACAUCAGUGUUUUUUCAGUCUUUUAAUAUUUUUAACUAAAAUACACUUAUAUGUUCCUUUGAGCUCAUAGAUAAACUUCCUUUUUCUCUGAGAUUGCA